AUGCGUCCAAAUGAUAUAAAAAAGAGGUUGGAAAGAGAUUAUGGUGUGAAGUUGACAUACAAGCAAGCAUACAGGGCCAAGGAAAAAGCGUUGGAGGACAUACAUGGCAGACCUGAUCAAACUUACAUGCUUAUUCCAUGGAUAUGUGACCGGUUGAAGGAAACCGAUGACAAAACAGUGGCAAAAUGGGUGGCUGCAAGGAACAACAGAUUUGAGCGUGUAUUCAUAGCCUAUGGGUGUUGUAUAGAGGGUUUUAUUGCUGGUGCUAGACAUGUACUGUAUAUUGAUGGAAGUCAUUUAAGUGGACCGUAUAAGGGGACACUACUUUCAGCGUCGGCUUAUGAUGCGGACAACGAAUUAUUACCUUUUGCCAUUGCGAUUGUGAAGGGAGAGACGCUUGAGGAUUGGACAUGGUUCUUACAUAUGAUUAAGGAGAUAGUUGGGUCAAUGCAAUUAACAAUCAUUUCAGACCGACACAAUGCAAUUAUAGGUGCUGUGCAAGCAAUAUUCGGAGGUGAGCGACAUGCGUACUGUUACAGACAUGUUAAGGAGAAUUUCAGUACACAAAUGAUCAAGUUAAAUAGAGGAAAAAGGAAGACAAGUGGCAACACAAGGGAGGAUGGACUGCAUUUCCUAGAUGCCAUUGCAUAUGCAAGGCUUGACACAGAGUUUGAUCAAGCAAUGGAUAACAUGAGACACUUCAAUUCCCAAUUAUUUGAAUGGCUUGUCAAUCAUGGUGAUAUUCACAAGUGGGCCUUAAGCAAGUUCCCUUUUAAACGAUGGGACAACAUAACAACAAACCUUGCAGAGUCAUUCAAUGCGUGGAUGCUGAAGGAGAGAAGAUAUAAUGUUGCCCAACUUAUACAUGAGCAUCGUGAAAAAGUAGCCAAGAAGAUGUAUGCAGCAAGCAUGGCAAUGAGCAAAUGGAAGAAUGGUGUAGGCCCAAAUACAAAUGCAACAUUGAUGGAAAAUGUGGCGAGAUCUGCACAGAUGUUAAGUGUUCCUUACGGAAGGGGUAGGGUGUGUGUCCAUACAGCAAAAGGAGCCAUUAAUGUUGAUCUUGAAAAGGUGAAUGUAGCUGUGCAGCUUGGCAAAUGUCAGGCAUCCCAUGCCCACAUGCAUGUGCAGCUAUCAAGGCCUUGA